GCGAGGCGGCCAUCUCUGUCGGCGCCGGAAGCCCAUAUUUUUACCUCCUGUUUCAGGAAGUGAUGUCACUGAGUACUGCCCCUAUAUAUAGGACCUUCCACCCCCACCUGGGAUAUGAAUGUCUGAUGAAAACCUACCCUCUAUUAGGGUCAGCGUCAUCACCAGCGUCUCCACCACCCUGCUGUGUGCUGUCAUCUUCUAAUCUGGUGAAUCCUGAUUGUGCUACUGCAAAAGAGACGGUGCUCUUGGGAACAGAAACUGGGACGCUUUGCCUCAAUAUGUAUCAGGACUCUUAGCACUACAGGCAUAUGCUUCAUGUCUGUUCAGUAGCAUUAUCAGCUCUUGUUGUGUUCCGUUUGGUUUUGCGUAAAAAAUAAAGAUGAACAAAGUGGAUGCCAUGAGACCUGAGACCUGAGACCUGUUCUGUCUGCAGGUCUAAACAAUCCACAUACAACCUACAGGUUGCUCGCCUGGCUACCCAAAAUCCUUGCUCCAGCCAAACGCUACACCACGCCCACUGACGCUAGUUUUUUCUCCGCAAUGAAUCUGGAUCUGAGUAACCCCCCCCCCCCGAUGAAUUCUAGAAUGGAAAUCCAUUCUAGACCAUCUGACAGGUCCUACAAACCGAUGGGUUGGGCCAGAGCCAGAACAGUCAGACCAACAGAGAGACAGCAGUAACCAGGGCUUAAGUGAUGGAGAUGUUACUGCACUGGUGUCUGCUGUCGAUCGGUUUCUCUCUCAGCACAUCGACCACAGCAACAGAAGCCAUUCUCUGGGUGAAAACAGGGGAGAAGUUUACCAUGAAGUGCUCCACCACUCUAAAAGACCAGGAAGGAAUGUACCUGUAUGUUGGGCUGGACAGGGACAGGGAGGUGUUGUAUUACCACCAGAGUGACUCCAAGCUGACCCUCAGGAAAGGCUACUGGGACAGAGUGAAGACUGAGGGACCUGUGGACCAACUGACCAUCACCGUCAGUAACCUGACCAUAGAGGACACAGGAGUCUACUGGUGUGUUUAUACAAAUGUCAACAAAUCCACGUUCAAUCAUUUUAUCAUCCAAGGCAAAGGCUCCACUCUGGUGGUGGUGAAUGACGAUGUCCUACAGCUGCCAUGUCCUAAAGCUACUGCAGUAACGCUGACCCCCUUUCACCCAGCCAAUGAGAAGCCGUGCCCAUCUGGCGUGGUAAACAUCAUCAUCAUUAGCAUCUUGACCAUCCUGCUGUGUGUCAUCUUCCUCAUCUGGGUUGCUCCACUGGUGAAGAGGUGCUGUAAACAGGGAGGAUCCACACCCCAGGUCAUUCCUGAGAGUGUCUAUGAAGACAUGGCCCGGAAUCACACUUCUCCACCUGACACACAGGUAGAAUCGAACCCCUAUUCUGUGUCUUCCAAAAGAGGAAGUAGGACCACUGAGUAGCUUCUUCAAAUGUUUUUUCUGAGUAUUGCUUCUUUACUUUCUCAGAAUUGAAACAUUGGACAUUUUCCACAUGUGACGCACACAUACAAAUAAAAGUAAAGGCUCAACGCUCGCUCACCAUUUAUUUAUUUAUUUUUCUCAAUAAAUAAGACAACUAUAGUGCUUUUCACUUUGGCACUAAAUGUCCAAUUUUGGGCCGCCAGUUGAAUAUCCUUGUUUUAGUCCAUAAGGUGUACAGUUGAUAGCGAUGGAGGCCUACCUAUACCUUUUUUUCAAACAUCAGGUCAUAAGAUUUACAUUGGUUUUUAGUUUGAAACAGUGCUGUGGUGAGUAAUGUUUUUAGGUCACUGUCACUGGACCACUCAGGAAGAUGUUCCAGUGCAUGGGGUCUGCCACACAGUCAGAAGAGCUAACGUUAAAAUGAGAACAGUUUGUUAAGACCUUUAUUAUAUUUGAUCACAGGUACAAAUAUUUUAGCUGCCUAAAUUUGAUCAGGUACAUCGGGAUAUAAGCCUACGAGUCAGUUUCAACUUCCUAAAAAUUAUUUCCACUUUGAAUACCAGUUCACGUGUAAAAUAUGAUUUGGGGUGAGAAACAUAUUCACACUGUUUAUUGCCUUUUAAUCAAAAUAUUGAUACAUAAUUAAUAGUCAUGUGAUAUUCAACUUGUGUAUUCAUGUUUAUGUUGUAUUUGUAUACAGUUGAAGUUAGAAGUUUACAUACUCUUAUGUUGGAAUGAUUAAAACUCAUUUUUCAACCACUCCACAAAUUUCUUGUUAACAAACGAUAGAUUUGGCAAGUCGG